UCCCCUACACACACUCUCUCUCUCUCACACUGACCCAGGAAAAACCGAUCGAACCCUAAAUUCGUUCUCCCGUCACAAAAUCAGCGGAACGCAGUGUAUGGUUUUUGUUCUCCCUCGCAAGCUAAGGCUAUGGCUUCCGAUACUGCCUUUUCUCGCUCGAGUUCCGCCGCGGAUUCCUACAUUGGUUGCUUGAUCAGCUUGACCUCCAAGAGCGAGAUCAGAUACGAAGGUGUUCUCUACAAUAUCAACACCGAUGAGUCCAGUAUUGGCCUCCGAAACGUGCGAUCUUUUGGAACUGAAGGAAGGAAAAAAGAUGGUCCACAGAUUCCUCCAAGUGACAAGAACUGAAGGAAGGAAAAAAGAUGGUCCACAGAUUCCUCCAAGUGACAAGGUGUACGAGUAUAUACUAUUCCGUGGGACUGACAUCAAGGAUUUACAGGUUAAAUCUUCUCCACCUGUCCAGCCUACUCCACCAAUAAAUGCUGAUCCAGCUAUUAUUCAGUAUCCUCGCCCAGUCACCACCACAUCUACAAAUAUACCUCCAGUAACUGGAUCUUUGACAGAUUUUAGUUCUCAAAACACACAGCUAGGACUCCAUGGAUCAAAUUAUCAAGGACCAUUACCUUUAUAUCAACCUGGAGGGAACAUAGGAUCAUGGAGAGCUUCUCCAAAUGCCCCAAAUGCAAAUGGUGGUGGACUAGCUAUGCCACCAAUGUAUUGGCAGGGAUAUUAUGGUGCUCCAAAUGGGCUUCCUCAGUUACAACAGCAAUCUUUGCUUGGACCACCACCUGGGUUAUCAAUGCCUUCAUUUAUAUGUAUGAAUAGAUAAUCUGUUAACAAACUUGGCACAAUAAUUUUUCAAAAAGAAACAUUACUAUAAUUUAAGAAAAAAAUAGCCAUACUUAGCACAAUACUUGAUUAACUUUAUUUAAUUAAUAUUUAAAAGAAUUAUAAAAUGCACCUACAUGACAAGUGC